AGCGAUUUAUUGAAAUAAGAAUUGCGAUCAAGAUUCUCUCUCAUUAAUAUUUCCUAAUAUUAAAUACAAAUUUCUAUCAAAAUUAUUUCAUAUUUCUUAGUUCUUGAAAACAUUAUAAAAUGAAAAUAAAUAGUAUUCCAUCAAUAUUCGACACCGACUGUCGACUAUCGUUGUUUUGUAUAAAUAAUAAUAAUCUCUUUUGUGAAUCGGUCUUUCUCUGUCACAUAAUUUUGUUAGUGAAGAAGUUUCUGUCUGUACUGAUUUGUCUCUUGUCUGUAUUUAUCAUACUUUACUUUAUUUUUGUUUAAAUUGAGCCACAAAAAUGGCAAAGAGUUUGAGAAGUAAAUGGAAGCGCAAGAUGAGAGCCGAAAAGCGUGUACGGUACGGAAAGAAGGAGCUGGAGAAGUUGAAAACAAUGCUGAGAGCGGCUGGCGAAGAUGAUGGCAGCUCAUUACCUGAAGUUGAAUUUGUGACUGUCGAUACUUUGAAGGAUAAAGCGGUUGCUAAGAAGGAGGUGACCAUCAUUGACUCAGAAGAUGAAGACAUGAAGCAGAUGGAGCUGGAUCCGAAUGCCAAGGAAAGCAAGAAGGGUCGUUAUCCCAUCUGGAUGAGUAAUCAUAGGAUAAAGAAAGUGAAAAAGGAGGCUUGGAAAAAUAAAAUGAAAAAGAUUAAGAAACAAAAAAGGAAAAGUAAAAAUUAACUUUCAAGUAAUUUUGAUGCUUUAUAUUGUUGAUUAUUACUUUGUAAAUAAAAUUUCUUAUAAAAUCAUGACUAGAUUUUUAACCUAUGAAACUUCAUAGAAAAUUUUGUUUUUCCAAAGUUUUUUCCAAGAGCAAGAUCAUCAAUUUUAUCAAAUUAGUGUUUUUGGUUGACUAUUUCAUUGAAUCAGUAUGAUUCCUUAUGAAUUACUGUCUAAUAAAAUUUGUAUUGUUGAGAAGUUUAGACGUAAUCAUAUUCAAAAUCUGCAGUGAUGAACACGAUCAAUUGAAAUAUUUUCCAAUUCAUCAGUUAUUCUAUCUUCAUUUACUGCCCAUAAAAAAUAAAGAAACACAAACUAUAAAUGGCAGUAUAAUACAUUUCAAUAGAAGUGAAUUUUUUCUUCGUUAUAAAUUAGUAUUGAUUACCAACUAACUCAGUUUGAAUCAAUAUUGAUGAUUGAGAAAAUGCACAAUACUAAUGAUUAGUUUUGUUGUAGCAAGAAAUACUGUCAUUUACAAUCACAUUGGAAAUUUACAAUGAUAAGCACGAUAAAUUUAAACAUUCUCUGUCCCAAGAAAUAUUUGCAAAACUUAAACUAAAUUUACAUGUAAACUUACACUAAAUUUGUACUACCGUAUUUAUUCUUGUAAGACUACCCUAUUUUGGUGUGAUACCUAGGUAUGAUUUACUUGAUGCAUUCAGACUCAAUAUAAGUUGAUUUUGUUUGUUGAUUCUACAAUUUUGAAAUACUUUGGAGGCCUACACGUUAAAAUAACGUUGAUUCUAGUGACAUUCAGCUCCAAAGUCCUACAGUAAUACAGUAUAAAAAAAUUGUUUUCGCUCCACUUGGAUGUAAUGAGCUGGUUUUCGUGCGUCAUAUGGAGGCCGAAAGUGAUUGUUUUUUGACCAGGCCGGUAAAAUUUUUACGGCCCUAGGGCUGUAAAAUAACCCUGAAGUCAGCUGAUUCUGAUUUGAUGUGAACGUGUUUACAAAAUAGUUUAUGAAACUGAAUCAGUUUAUGCUUCUAGAAUUGAAUAAAGUAUUUUGCAA